GUUUUCUGUGUUUUUAGAGUCUGCCGCCCGCAAUUAUUGUUGUUUCUCUUUUAUAUUUGUAUUUUAUAGUUAUACACACUUUCUUAUUCUAUAUCUCCAUUUUCAUCUCUUUUUCUCUUCAGCAGCCCUGCAAAAGCGCUGUUCUACGCCCGCCAGUUCAGAACCGGUCCGAGGCAGCUAACUCUGCUGCACCUCAUUGGCUGACCUCCCAUUCCGGUUCGAACCAUUACAUAAUCCAACCGGGCGUAGGGUUUCUCCUCAGCUCUGCCGAGCGAGCCGUCGCUGUGGCGGCUUCACGGCUUUGUCCUCGACGCGCUUUUGUCUUCUUCUCUUCUUCAACAAAGACAAAGACAAAAUGCUUUUAUAUUCUGUUCUCUACUUGCUCUCGGCCGCUGCUCUGGUGGCGGCUGAGGCAAAGACGCCCGGCAUCUUCCCUCUGCGCCCGUGGACGCGCACCGCGCCCGACGCGCACACAGAAGUCGUUACACCCCUGCUCGUCGAGGGCGUCACGAUCUCACCCCGUCCGCCGGCGGUCACGCCGACAAUCGCGCUGCCGUGGGUCAGUCUGAAGCCGAACGGCGCGCCGGUGACGAUCAAGCCGAAGGUCAAGAAGGAGGGGUAUGUCGAGAAGCCGAGUCCGUCGUAUGGCACCUGGUUCCCAGAAGAGACCGCGGUCGUGGAUGCCGACGCGAUCGCCAGCGGCGCGGGCGACGACGACGCUGCUGAUACUGCUGCCGCGAAGAGCAAGGACAAGAAGCAGAAGCAGGUGGUCAUGGGCGGCCGGUACUUCAAGGGCGAGUUCGACAGACUCAACCCCGUCAUCCGGUGCACUCCGGAGCGGUACGUGAUGAACGGCGACUACGCCCCGUUCUGCACGCCCGCGCUCGACGCCGAGCUCAUGAGCGGGCAUUCGUACUUUGUCACAUGGUACUCGCACUACUUCAACGCGACGAAAGUGCGUCUCAACCUGCUCGACUACGACACCUUGUCGAUUGCGUCGCCAGAGAAGUUUGGCGCGGCAGAGGAAGAGGAGACGUUGAAAGAGUACGCGUUCUUCACGACCGAGUGGAUCGACAACGAGCUCGGUUACUAUUUCCUCGAAAUCGACCCGAAGUGGAUCGGCAAGCCGUUCUCGAAAUCGGUCUACGUGCACAUCGAGUCGCCCGACCAGGCAGGCGAGGACAUCGAUAUCCAGCACGUGCCCAUCAUCAAGCUGCUCAAGGGACCGAAGGUCAUCCAUUCGAGCAAAGAGCGCUACGAGAAGGCGACGUGGGAGGUCAUCCUUGCCGUUCCGCUCUGUGUCCUGGGCUUUAUCCUCUUCUUGGUCGCGUUCCAUUUCUGCACCGCGAGGGCCCGCAGGAUCGGAAAGUUUACGAUCGGUGGUCAUCGUAACGACCGGCGGAGAACUCGGAGACGGGAUCGUAAUAACUACGAAAAGUUGGAGGAGGGAAAUACUUCUUCUGUCACUGUUGGGUGAUUUAAUUGUGAUUUUGAGUGUAUAAAUAUCAUUGAAGUAACGAAUAAUGGCAUAGUAUAGUCGAGCAUAUAAAUAAUAGCACAUGUUUACUCUUAAAAACCACGCAUAGAUGGA